GGUGCAAGAGCGCCACCAUGAGCAAUUGGACGAUGGCGGAGGUGCUGCCGCUGCAGGAGAAGAGCGGGGGCGGCAACAGGGCGUGCCGUGAAAGGUGGCUGGCGGGAGUGCCCAUGGGCGCUCGCCCGGGCCCGGACAGCCACCAAAACGAAAAGAAGUGGUUCAUCGACCAGGCGUACAACAAGAAGUUGUGGGAAGGAGAGCCGCCGUCCACGCCAGCUCGGGCCGAGGCGCUUCCCGCGCAGGCGCUCCCCGCGUUGCCGCCAGCAGUGGCGCCCGCCGCGCCACCCAGGCAGCAGCCCCCCGCCGCGGCGGCCGCCGCCCCCGUGCCGCAGGCGAACCUGCUCGACUUCGAGCUUUCGCCGGCGCUGGCGCCAGCUCCACUGCUAGACCCCAGCCCCAGUAGCAUGUUGGGCGACCUGCUGUUUGACACCGCGCCGGAGAGGCGCGCGCGCGGGAUUAGCGGACAUCCGACGUUUUGAGACAGUCAAGUCGGAUUAGUUCGUCGUUUUUGGCCUCUGGUGGCCUUCACCAGGCCCCGGUACCGUCAAGCAACGACUCUUGACGAGAAUGUGGCCUUGGGCCUGGGCCUCUCAUUCGCGCCAGCGCCUCCCCCUUGUGGCGUUUUGUAUUGUUUGUUCCCUCCUGUUUUGUCCUCCUCCC